AUUGUGCACAGAGCGCGCCUUACAUACUAAAAGGCUGUGUAAAUAGAGGCGCUCCAUAUAGCAGCAACAACAAAGUGGGCAAAAAUACCGCAAAGAAUGUAUUGUAUACAUUUUUAAUAAUUGAUAACCACAGAAAGCGAAACAUACUAUGCGCUGCCUUUCAAUGCGCUGCUAUAACAGCCGCUGACGCAACAACGACGCGCAACCAACGUCUUGCAUACAUUCGUAAUCAGCACUAUACACACUUCAACAGCGCCGCCAUCCCCAGCGCUUACUUGAAGCCGGGCGCGCAAUCAAAAGCAUAGCAGCGCAUUCGCAAUCGCGACGCGCGCCUGCACAGCGCUGAGCGGCUGGCAAGCAAAUACCGCCUUGCGCUCGCCGCGUUCAGUACACUUCUGACGCGCGUUUUUUGCGGCCGUCCGUCACAACGCACAGCUACCUCAAUUUUCAUUUAUUAUAAAACUACUUUAAUGUAUCAUUUUGCGAAAGUAACGCGAGCGCGUACGCUUAUCGCCACAGCGGCCGAGUGACAAGACAACUUAACUUAUCUAUCUAGCGUGGCGUACUAAGGCUGGCGACAAGGCGACAAUUAAUCCUAGCAUGCGCCUGGCUGCCACAACGCUCGUACAUACUUAGCGCUAGCAUGCGCCGACAGCAGCAAGAAGUAAGAGAAAAAUAAACGAGCGUAAUAUAUGGAAAACACAAGUGAAUAAUCGUUUCAAGAACUCGCAACAUUCUAUAUUCUAAACGUACAUAGCUUCCCCGUUGGUGACAAGUUCGAAAGUGUAUAUAAACGUUUUUUAACACAAUAUAAACUAGUUUUUAAUAGAAACUGAUUAAUUUUAACUUUAAAAAUAAUUACAGACUCAAGGAAACUAUAUUCGAUACGCAAAUAAAGUCUAAAUAUAUGCUAUCGCCAAAAAGAUAAGAAAACUGAGGAAUAUGUGCUAUCAUUAAAAAAUAAAAGAUAUGACAAGUGAUAAAAGUGCUAUAAAUGGUUGUGCAAUAGAGCGUUUAUAUACACAAAAUCUAAAUACUCAUAAAAUAUAUAAAAAGUAGUGCAAAACACGAAAAAAUACUCGAAAAAAAAUAGCAUUUGUUUAGAGGGGCGGCUGCUCGCUCCACGAGCGUGUUUUGUGUUCUUAUGAAAACGUCUCAGUUUUGGCGCAGUCUUAAAGCCAAAGUGUCAACAACGAGCGUAAAUAUUCGUUUCGUAACAAAAACGAAUUUGCCGUAAAAUACUAUCAGUGAUAACAACAGCGAGCGCUAACAACAAAACCAACGACGACGACGAAUUAACAACAGGAAAACAGCAAAAAUAUUUAAUUAACAGCCGGCGCUGCCUCGUAUAUAGCAACAACAGCAACAACAAUGGUUAAAGACAGACUGCCGGAGCUGCUACAGCGCUCCAGCAGCGUGCUGUCCACCGUCUCCGGCACGAAUGGUUCGGCAUUAUUUCAGCGCUCCAGCAACGUCGAGCUCAAAUUCGCAGAGAUGAGUGCACCCAUGGACGCGAUACUCAAUCCGUAUUCGGAGAUACGAGUACAAUUGGCACAAAUAUCCGCCAAUUUGGAGACGAUGAGUCGAAUGGUGCAAACAAUAAAUAUACGAAAUUUCAAUGAAAAGGAAAUGGAUGAACUGCGCACACAGAAUUUAAAAAUGGGUAAUCAGCUGAUGAACAAAUUCAAAGAAUUCAAAGCGAACAUGCCGCCUGAGAACGAUUUCACAUUGGAGGCGCGCAUGAAGCGAACGCUCUUCUACGGUCUCUAUCAGAGUUACAUACAAAUAUGGACGAAAAACGAAGAGUUCCUGCAAUUAUACGAACGCAAGCUAAAGAAAAAUCUGGAAAUGCAUUCGAAAAUCAUGAACUGCAAUUCCACUGAAGAAGAAAUUGAAGAACUGAUAGCAAAUAAGACGACGAACCUUUUUGUUGGCAAUAUUCUAGAAGAAACCGAAAAUGAACGACGCACACUUCGCGAUUUAAUGGAUCGCUUCAAUGAGCUGAAGAAACUGGAAAAGUCCAUUGAAGAUGUGCACGCCUUAUUCCUGCGCAUACAAACACUCGUAAUGGAACAGAGUGAAACGAUAAAUCGCGUUGAAUUUGUAGCGCAACAAGCGACGCACUUUGUGGAUAAAGGUCAGAAUAAGCUGCAGAAAGCAGAAUCGCUGAAAAAGAAAGCUUUAAAGAAGAAGUUUUGGCUCAUCGGCAUCGCGUUGGCUGUGUUAAUUGUAUUAAUAUUAAUUGGUAUAUAUUUAUGAACUAAAGACAAAUAUAUUUAUUUAAAUUCCAAA